GGCGGCCCCUUUUUAAUUAUCGCGCUUCGUUGUCUUGAUUGAUUUAUCGGUUUUUCAUCAUUCGCCACGUUCCAUCCAGAUGAUCUGCUCACUAUUUCAUCGGUUCAAUACCCCACUUUUCCAAGUGACGUUACUGGGUCUGGUCUGUUUAUGCUGUCCUGGUAUGUUCAACGCUUUAUCCGGAUUGGGCGCCGGCGGUUCAAUGAGCUCCAAUGUCCACUUGAUCGAUGCUGCCAACAGUGCUCUUUACGCCUGUUUCUCUGUGGUGGGCUUCUUUGCUGGUUCCGUAACCAACACGAUCGGUGUGAAAACGACCUUAACGAUCGGUUCGAUAGGUUAUGCGAUCUAUUCGGCGGCGCUCUGGGUGUAUGACCGUAAACAGAUCGAAGGCUUUGUCAUUGCUGCUGGGGCUAUUUUGGGAUGCUGUGCUGGUAUCUUUUGGUCCGCUCAAGGAGCGAUCAUGAUGGCGUACCCUGAAGAGAAGAAUAAGGGUAAAUAUGUUGGCAUAUUUUGGACGCUUUUCAACCUGGGCGGUAUUCUUGGUUCCCUGAUUGCCCUGGCCUUGAAUUUGGAAAAUAAUCACGCGGGUGUUUCGACCGGGACCUACAUUGCCUUUGUUAUCGUCAUGCUGAUCGGUAUUGCCUUGUCGUUUACGCUGGCUCCUCCUUCGCGGGUGGUGCGCAAAGACGGUUCCACGGUGGCGAUUGCCAAGUCUGCCCACUGGAAGAAGGAACUGAUGGGGGUGGUUUUGGUCUGGAAAGAGUGGCGAAUGUUGGCUUUGAUUCCGGCUUUUUUGGCUUCCAACUGGUUCUAUGCUUAUCAGUUCCGCGUGAACGCCGUGUACUUCAGCCCGUCUACGCGUGCUUUGAAUGAUCUGAUGUACUGGGGUUUCCAGAUCCUUGGUUCGCUGAUGCUUGGUUUUCUUCUCGAUUUUCAAGGCAUGUCCCGUCGCAGUCGUGGUUUAUUGGGCUUGACCAUUAUUUUUGCCGUCUUGAUGGCGGUGUGGGCUGGAGGCUUCGUUUUUCAGUUGACCUUUUUUAAUGAUUACAAAGACUUGGUUCACUGGACGGAUCAACGGUUUGCUGGUCCUUUUGUUCUGUUUAUCAUGUAUGGUUUCUCCGACUCAUUGUAUCAAUCAUACAUGUAUUGGCUUAUGGGCGCCAUGUCCAAUGACCCUGCUUUACUUGCUCGUUAUGCCGGUUUUUACAAAGCAGUUCAGUCCGCUGGUGCGGCUAUUGCUUUUGGUAUUGACGCUGUCAAUAUCCCACUGCGCUGGGAAUGCCUGAUCUGUUGGAUUAUGGUGUUUAUCUCGUUCCCUCUGAUUUUCUUGGUCGCCAACAAGAUAACCGAAACAAAUAUGGUGACUGAAGACGAUGUUGCUAGCGAAGAAGGCCCUGUGGAAGAAACAUUUGCAAAAGAGAAGGCUUGA